AUGAAACAUUCAACGACAAUAACGUAUCGUUGCGAUGAUGAUCAAGUUAUUGUCGUACAAAAUUUCGGGAAUGAUACCAUUCGGAUGCAUUGUCAGAAACCGAUCCUUUGUGGUUUUCAAUAUUUGAAAUGUCAUUACAAUCAUUUACAAUCAUAUUGUGGUGGAAAAACCAAUUUUGUUGCUCAUAUAAAACAGUUAACACCUGUUGCACCAGUGAUGCAUACAUGUUGUAAUUUGAUGAUUAAUGAAGAUGUUCAAAUCAAAGCACAUACGGGAAACGAUUGUUUUUUGUAUGAUUUACCGGAUGGUUCAAAUGGUACAACAGCUGAAGAAUUAGAAAAGAAAGACAAAGAGGGCUAUGCAUUAUUAAAAAAUAUUAAUGAAAUACCGGAACAGUUUGCUGAUUUUUCCGGUUAUCGUCUCAGGCAUUAUUUAUUACGCAAAAAGGAAUCAUCACAAUUUCUGAUAAAAGGUGUCGAACGAAACGA